AUGUACCUGAACAUUUGGGUUCCGGGCGAAAUUAAUCCUGGUUCUGAGAUCAAGCACACCCUAUUCUGGGUGCCCUACCAUUCCUUCAUUCAAGGCUCCAUCAACCAACGGCUCUACAAUGGCGCCGUCCUUGCCGCAGACCAGAAUAUUGUUGUCGUCAUGGUGGCCCUUCGUCUCGGUGUCCUCGGCAACCUGUACUUGCCGCCAAUGGCGAUGGGCAAUCAGGCUCUACUGGACCUGCGAUUAGCCCUUGAAUGGUACCGAAACAAUUCCGCGGGGGCAUUCGGAGCCAAGAAAGAUGAGAUCGUUCUGGGCGGCCAUUCGUCGGGCACCGCCCUCCUCGGCAUGUUUGCACUGCAAGGCUACAGUCGCGGUCUCUACAACGGCCUCUGGCUGUUCAGCGGCUCACCGUUCUACUCGCGCUGGGGUACCAUGUCGCCCAUGAUGGCCGAGGCCAAGGUGAAAGAGGUACGUGACCAAGUCCGCAUGAGGCGGGACUCGAACUCAAAGUGA